AUGUCAGGUUCAUCACAAAGCUCUUACUAUGAUAGACAAUCACCAGAUGUCGAAGAUGUUGAAGGCAGAAAUAGCGAGUAUGGCGAAGACGAGAUGCUUCGUGAAGAAGCUUUUAUGGAAGAUGAGAUUCAUGAUAGUACUCGCCGCUUGGCAUCUCAAGUGCAGCCAGUGAUGAACAGCCGCAUAGCGAGCCCCUUGCCUCAGAUCGCAGUGGCGCCAGCGCCAGCUCCAGCGACAGCGCCAUCUUUGCCGCUAAUACCUACCGUACCGCCGGAACAUGCCGCCUCGGUCCAAACUAACCCCGCUCAGUCUGUACUACACACAGAAAUAGAUAAAUCUACAACCGUACUCCCGCAAGAGAUCUUAUGUAUACUGGGAGAGGCAAAAAAGCUAGAUGAACCACUCGGUGAGUGUAUUCCUGAUGAGCUCUCUGAACGCUGGGGGAAAAUAUUAACGGACGGGCUGGCCAAGGAAGUGAAGCAGUCUCUCGUGGAUAAAAUACUGAUGCCUAGUAAUUUUUUACUAGCCCGAGCGCCUAAGUUAAAUCCGGAGGUGGCAGCAGUCAUUAAUGAAUCAGCAAAAAAUCGUGACAUGCGUUUAGAAAAAGCUCAAAAUCAACUGGGCCGGGGCAUCGCUGGACUUGCAAAUUUAGCAAAUGAUCUUAUAAAAUCAGAGUUGGAUAAACUUGAUAUCAUCAAGAAAAUUUCGGAAGUUACCCAAGUCCUGCUAGACCUUCAUUAUGAAGAAUCAAUCAACAGGAACAAACUCCUAGUUCCAUUGUUAGAUAAGAAGUUCUGGAACAAAAUAAAAGGGGUUAAAAGAGACGAAUAUCUCUUUGGUGAAAAACUGGGUGAUAAAAUCAAAAACUCCAAAGAUAUAGAAAAGUCGGGUCAACAGAUUAAAAAAUCCUUCACAUUCAACCCGGCGUUCCAGCAUCGUAAGCAAGCAGCGCAGCCGGGAAACGCGAGAGCUCCUCCUCGUCAAUACAAGCCGAAAGCAACGCCAGCACCGACGACGGGCAGAUACUACAAGCCUCAGUCCUCGACGUCGGCGAGGAGGACGACUUCGAGCCAGCGUCGCGGGCGUCACUACUCGAACAACAGGGCGAACGAGCGGAGCCGGCGUUAGAGAGAGUGUCACCCCCUUUGGCGCAGCCUUACCCUGGCGUGCGCAGUGUUAUACGACAAGCCUACGUAAAACGCGGCAUACCGGAUGAUUGUAUUGAAAUAAUGUUACAAUCUUUAUCAAAGAAUACUCUUACUCAAUAUAAUGUAGGGUUAAAACAAUGGUUCGAGUUUUGUCAGGUGAAUAAUAUUGAUUUGUAUAAUGGUUCUGUUGCUGACAUCUUAAAAUUUCUUACAGAAAAGUACCAUGCAAACGCCAGCUAUGGCACAUUAAAUUCCUUUCGAUCCAGCUUAUCCUUGAUUAUGGAUAAAGACCGAUGUAAUAAUGAUUGUGUUUCGAGGUUCCUAAAAGGCGUUUUCAAAAGUAAACCGUCCUUUCCUAAAUAUAAUUAUAUAUGGGACCCUAAUUUAGUCUUAGAUUACCUGUCUGGUUUCUUUCCUAAUGAGUCGCUAACGAUAGAAAAUUUGACAAAGAAAUUGGUAACUCUUCUCGCGUUGUCAACGGGACAACGUGUGCAGACGUUAUCUUUAAUAAAUGUUGCAGAUAUCCAGAUACAAGAGUCCCGUAUUGUUAUUGUCAUUAAUGAGAUUAUUAAAACAUCUGCGCCUAACAGACAUAAUCCAAGACUGACUCUACCCUUUUUUAAGGAAAAAGCCACUAUUUGUCCAGCAUCAGCAUUAUCCUGUUACAUAGAAAGAACAUGUAAUUUUAGAUCCACUAUAAACUCGAACAAAUUGAUCUUGACAAUCAAAAAACCUAUUCACAAUGCUAGUCCCCAAACUAUCAGCCGCUGGAUAAAGCAAAAGCUAAGUAACAGCGGAGUGGACACCAAGACGUUCACCGCUCAUAGCACCCGGCACGCCUCGACGUCCGCAGCUAGCCGAUCUGGUAUUUCCACUGAUAUAAUUCAAAGAACAGCGGGGUGGUCGGGAAAUUCUCUUUGUUUUGCCCGCUUUUACAAUCAACCACUAAUAAAUACACAGGAAGAUUGUGUUUUUGCUCGAGCGGUAUUAAAUAGUUGAACUAGGUUCAUUAUGAUAAUUGAUUAGUUGAAUAAUCU